AUGUCUGCUCCCUUCAUCACAGACUUUCGUUCAAUCGGGCAGAACAUCUACUAUUACGAGCCAGACCUUAUAGAUACACCAAUACCAGAGAAUGAAAACAUCCACCCAUCCCUAAUCAUCCUGUGCACCUGGUACGGCGGCGCAACACCCCGCCGCGUGGCCAAAUACACCAGCGGCUACCGUCAACGCUACCCCCGCACAUCCAUCCUGCUCAUCAACACUUCUUUUCGCGACUAUGUCGCCCGUUCACUGCACUCUAUCGAUGGAAACCUUACUCCCGCCAAGAAUACAAUAACCAAGACACUGCAGUCCACUCCUGAUGCCAGGAUCUUGCUCCACGUGUUCUCUAAUGGCGGCUGUAACACAGUCACACAACUCGCGCGAGCAAUGAAGUCAGAACCAGUGAACUUCAAAUCAGCGCUGAAGCUAAUCAUCUUCGACUGCUGUCCAGGGGACUCAUCUUUCGACAGACUCUACGCUGCCGGAGCAGUGGCUCUACCGACAGCUCAACCUGGUCGUGCGAUUGGAACCGCAGUGCUUUAUUCCACUGCUAAGGUGGGAUAUGCUCUGCAGAGUAUUAAGGCCAUGAGAUCCAUAGAUGAUUAUCGUGCGGACUUGAAUGAUACGGAGAUCUUUGGGGAGGCGCGUAGGUUGUAUCUCUAUUCUAGGAUUGAUAACAUGAUUCCCUGGAAAGAUGUGGAAGGGCAUAUGAUCGAGGCUAGUCGCAGGGGGUAUCGUGUUACCGGGGUCAGCUUUGAGGAUGGGAAGCAUUGUGGGUUAGUCAUGGGGGAUGAGAGGCGGUAUUGGGAUGCUGUAGAGCGGGCCUGGGAGGAAGGGAAGACGAUUGUCUGGGAGAGGAGUAAGCUGUGA